AUGCCGGCGCCCGGCCGGGGCCCCCGCGGGCCGCCGCUGACCAUGCCUGGGCGCCGGGGGGCGCUGCGCGAGCCGGCCGCCUGCGGCUCCAGCCUGGGGGCGGCGCUGGCCCUGCUGCUGCUGCUGCUGCCCGCCGGCUGCCCCGUGCGGGCUCAGAAUGACACGGAGCCCAUCGUGCUGGAGGGCAAGUGCCUGGUGGUGUGCGACUCCAGCCCGUCGGCGGACGGCGCCGUCACCUCCUCCCUGGGCAUCUCCGUGCGCUCCGGUAGCGCCAAGGUGGCCUUCUCCGCCACGCGGAGCACCAACCACGAGCCGUCCGAGAUGAGCAACCGCACCAUGACCAUCUACUUCGACCAGGUCUUAGUCAAUAUUGGCAACCAUUUCGAUCUCGCCUCCAGUAUAUUUGUAGCCCCGAGAAAAGGGAUUUAUAGCUUCAGCUUCCACGUGGUCAAAGUGUACAACAGACAAACCAUCCAGGUCAGUUUAAUGCAGAACGGCUACCCGGUGAUCUCCGCCUUCGCAGGGGACCAGGACGUCACCAGAGAAGCUGCCAGCAAUGGUGUCCUGCUGCUGAUGGAAAGGGAGGACAAAGUCCACCUCAAACUGGAGAGGGGCAACCUCAUGGGAGGCUGGAAGUACUCCACAUUCUCGGGCUUCUUGGUUUUCCCUCUAUGAACGCAGAAUCCCCGCCCCGCCCUGCCCCGCCGAGGAUGGGGAAGUUGCCACCUGGACGCAGGAGUUCACCCUUCCUAACACCCCGAACUUGCCAGAACAGGACAGCUUGUUUCUAGCCUCCUUCGUCGGACUGUUGUGGUCGAAGCGUGAUCGCCUUCGGAACCUCCAGUGUUUUCUUUGAAUGUUGACCAUGCCUCUCUGCAACCUGACCUCUAAUUAGUUUUAGAUGACAGGGUCUGAAGGAGAAAUGAAAUGACAGAUCUGAGCAAUCUGUACCUGCGAUUGGAAAGUCGAUAUGGGAUGUUAUCACUGGGACCACUGACUUCUCUUCUUUGUUUGUACCUGGUACCGCUGCCCCCGGAAUGGCCCGCAGGCUGCAGGCUGGGCUCACAGCGAGAGCCCUGCCAGUCACCACCGCCCGACAGUCCUUGAAACGUGUUCUCUGUGUGUCUGUUCAGCCUUAAGAAAAAGAAUGGCUUCGCUUUCAUGCCGUUCUCCUCCCCACCCCGGGUGGAUGGGAGGACGCGGGAGGGGGAAGGGAACAUUGUGUUAAGAAGUGCUUUAUCCGGAGAAGCAAAUUUUGCGCCAUUGGACUGCCAGUUUUGUUUUGUAUUGUUUGUGUGUGUGUGUGUGUGUGUGUGUGUGUGUGUGUGUGUGUGUGUUCUCCCCAAGAAACUACUUUCCUUCCCACACACAGCUCUCCGUCCACACCCCUGCUCUGAUCUUUUGUGCUGGGGUGAGGAGAGAAAAAUGUGUGUUGAAUUCCUGGAUGAGACCAAACAAGACAAAACAAAAAAUAACCGUGUAUUUUGUUUUGGAGGAGACCAAACCAAACAAAAGGUACCUGUAGAGCAAAGUGAAAAUGACAGACGGACAUUUCUGCUUAUUCUUUCAAAGAGAUUCUCUCAGAGGCACUUUUGGAACUAACAACCUGGAUUUUUUUUUUUUUUUAAUUCACAUUCUGGAAUACUUUAAGAGACUGAUGUUCCUGGGUGGCCUGAAUCAUGUCAGAUUGGCACGGAAGCUGUGAUGACCAAGUCCCCGAUCACAUGGUUUCUUUGCUGAGCACACCUGGGUCUUCCAGGCAGCAUGUUUUUGUUCAGCUGGAUCCACUUCUGGGUGAGCGCACCGAGAUCAGGCGCCUCAGAGUCGACGGGACCAACCAGUUCUUCCCCAUCAGGAUCCUCUUCUGACCCACCAAGGCCAGAGGGUGUUGACACUCCCCUGGGAGCGCCUGGAGGGAGGCCACCUGGAAAUCGCAGUGGUUGAAGGUGUCGGCAGAGGUGCCCUAGAAGCAGUUUCCCAAAUCCUUGUUGUUUGGCGCCUUGUACAACAAUAUUAUUAAAACACAGCUGAGAGUUGAUGGGUGCAGGAUUCGUACGCCGAGGAAACGGCACUGAUCCCAAAGCAAUCAAAGAAGAAACUUCAAACCGGAUGUUAAUUUGUCCUUUGUGUAACAAUGUAACCAAAAUAUUGAUGAUAAAAAGUCAUAAUUUAAGAUGCAGAAUAAAUGGGUUUGAUGUCUGA